AUGCCUUACAUCAAGGCAUGUACGCGAUCGGCUUGCCAGAGAACAACUGCUGAUCCCCGUCAGUUCACGGAUGGCCCAGGUGGCACUCGCGGCGAGAGUUACAUCUACGGCAUCAAGGCAGCACGUUUCCCAUGUGGCACUUGUCUAGGAGGCACGUUCGACACGGCAGUUCUCGAGAAAGUGGGCGCCGCCAUAGCCAAGGAAGUUCAUACCAAGUCUGCCCAUGCCCUCGGCUCUACGCUCAAUGUCAUCCGUUUACCUCUCGGUGGGCGCAACUAUGAGACGUAUAGCGAGGACUCCCUGCUUCUGGGACACCUUGCGGCGGCAUACGUUCGCGGGUGA